GGAGGAAGCGGCUGUGGUUGUGAAAGGGCAGGAUCCACGCGAAGGGGAAGAGAAGUCGGGGGAACGUUGCGGGCGGUGGUAGUAGCGCUGCUUCCUUCCUUGCUUCACAGAGCCCGGGGUCUCGGUUUCCAUCCUUGAGCCAUGCGCGGGCUGCGUCUCCUUUACACCCCCUGGCCCUUAUUUUGCCCCAGACGGGUAGCCAAGCCCUGGGGGAGGGCCGUCUCCAGCACGUCGGCGUUCAGGGCAGACGCGGCCCCGCCAGAUGUCAAUAGUUUUGUUGCUCGGACCAAAACCUGUGGAGAAUUGCGCUCUGCUCAUAUAGGUCAAGAGGUCACCCUGUGCGGAUGGAUUCAGUAUCAGAGACAGGGGCAGUUCAUAGUUUUGAGAGACUUCCAAGGACUCACCCAGAUUAUUAUUCCCCAGGAUGAGGCUGCUUCUCAUCUGAAGAAAAUCUUGUGUGACAUUCCUGUUGAAUCUGUUGUGAGAGUGACUGGGACUGUGGUCCCCCGGCCUCCAGGACAGGCAAACCCCAGAAUACCAACAGGUAAUAUUGAAGUGAAGGUGGAAACAGCAGAGGUCCUGAACCCCUGCAAGAAACUACCCUUUGAAAUGAAAGACUUCACCAAGAAAAAUGAGGCCUUGCGAAUGCAGUAUCGCUAUUUGGACCUGCGCAGUGCACAGAUGCAGUACAACCUACGGCUGAGAUCCCGGAUGGUGAUGAGAAUGCGGGAAUACCUCUGCAAUCAUUAUGGGUUUGUGGAUGUAGAAACUCCAACACUAUUCAAGAAGACUCCUGGGGGUGCGAAGGAAUUUGUGAUCCCCUCACGGGAGGCUGGGAAGUUUUACUCGCUGCCCCAGAGUCCUCAGCAGUUUAAACAGCUACUGAUGGUAGGAGGUCUGGACAGGUACUUCCAAGUUGCCCGGUGUUACCGAGAUGAAGGUUCAAAGCCAGACAGGCAGCCUGAAUUCACACAGAUUGAUAUUGAGAUGUCAUUUGUAGACCAAGCUGGGGUUCAGGCUUUAAUAGAGGGCUUGCUCCAGUACUCCUGGCCUGAGGAAAAGGGACCCAUCACAGUACCCUUCCCUUCCCUAAGCUAUGAUGAGGCAUUGGCCGUUUAUGGGACCGAUAAGCCAGACACACGUUUUGGAAUGCAGAUUAUUGAUAUCAGCAAUGUAUUCAGGAACUUCGAAGUUGGAUUCUUGCAGAAAUCCCUCAAUGAGCCCCAGGCCACAGUCAAAGCUAUUUGUAUUCCCCAGGGAAUGAAAUAUCUCCAGAAUAAAGAUUUGGAAUCAUUAAAUGAAUUGGCGAAAUCUCAGUUUAACCAGAAACUGUUGCACUUGAUUUUGAGGUCUGACGGCAGUGUGAAGUCUCGACUUGGUAAGUUCCUGAAUGAGGAGCAAAUCUUGGAGCUUGUCAGAGCAGUUCAGGCCAACGUGGAUGAUGUGGUGUUCCUGGCAGCUGGAGAGCAUGAGAAAGUGUGCUCUGCAUUGGGAAAGGUGCGCUUGGAGAGCGCUGCCCUUCUGGAAGCACGAGGCCUGCCACUUCGUAAUCCUUCUGCUUUUCACUUUCUGUGGGUGGUGGAUUUCCCACUUUUCCUCCCCAAAGAAGAAAACCCCGGGGAACUGGAAUCUGCUCACCAUCCCUUCACUGCCCCCAGGUCCUCCGAUGAGCACCUCCUCUACACAGACCCUGCAAAGGUCCAUGGUCAGCACUAUGAUCUAGUGCUGAAUGGUAGUGAGAUUGGAGGUGGCUCAAUUCGAAUUCACAAUGCAAGGCAGCAACGUUUCAUUCUUGAGACAGUGCUGAAGGAGGACACCGAACUGCUUUUUCAUCUUCUUGAAGCUCUGGACAGUGGAGCACCCCCUCAUGGAGGAAUCGCAUUAGGACUUGACAGACUGAUCUGUCUCCUUGUUGGAGCUCCAAGUAUUCGAGAUGUCAUUGCCUUCCCUAAAUCCUUCAAAGGAAGAGACCUGAUGAGCAACGCUCCCAAUUACGUGGCCCCAGAAGAGCUUGAGCCCUACCAUGUCCAGGUCACGUGGCCUUUGACGCAAGCCAAGGCCAGCACAGAUUACAGCUAACUGGUUUUGUUACAGGCUGCACUCCAUUUUUGUACUGCAUUUCUGGAGUCUGCUAUAUCCAGCAGUGAACCCGCCACUGGAUUUCUGUAACUGGGGGAUAGGGAAUGAUUUAUCUGUAAUUAUUAUCACGUGACAGACUUCAAGGGCCUUUUUACAUUGCAGUGUUCUGCUGGGCCUCUCCCCUUCUGAGGGAGGAAGAAGUGUUUUGCCUUGUAAAUACAAGAUGGAUAUUUGACCACGAGAUUAGUCAGCUGAAGAAACAAAGAUAUUGUAGAUAGCUGGAACCCAUUAGAAUAGGGUUUAAGUUUCAUUAGAUGGGUGAUCAGUACAUUUUGAUCUGUCAAUAUACCUUGCCGAUGUUCCUGAAAUGUGAAAAUGCUAGUGAAUGGAAAAGAUAAAAAGUAGCAUCCUGUACUACCAAUAUUGCAAUAACUAAAGCAGACACUACUUGGCACCCCCAGAUACCUCCAAUGGCACCCAAGGAGAAUCCAUUUACGCUGGCCAUUUGUUAAUUUCCAUGAAGCAGGUAAAUAAUUUAAGAGUGUGUGCAACUGCGAAUAUUAAAACCCGUUCCAGUACAAAAUUCAUUUUGUAAUAGUCUCCUUCCCAAAAGAAGCAAUUGCUGAACAGUGCCAAAAUACAUUUAAAAGAAGCAUUAGCUGUAUUGCACCACAAGCAAUUAGCCCAUCUCUUCUUAAAGACACAUUGCAAUGUUCAAUAGGCACAGAAGUUUUUGCUGAAUAAGCUGCAGCCGAAGAUGCAACAGGCAGACGCCGAAACAGCAAUGCACUGACUAGGCAUUUUGUGAUGGUGCUUACAGCACAAGUCUCGAUUUCCCAAAUGUGCUCAUGAGUCCAAAAGGAUUGGGGACCCCUACUUCAUUUCUCAAUCAGCUCCAGGUGUCUUAUGCAAGUUACAAAUGGAAAUUAGAGCAGGAUUUUGUGGCAUUUUGGUUGGUACUAAUACAGGUAUUAAUAGAUUAUCUUGGUUCAUAGAGCAGACUAUGACCUUCAGUUGUAGAAGAGUUUGAGCUAGAUCUCACACAUUGCUUUUCUAAUAAGAGUCAGUGUGUGUGAAAAUACCUUGAUCAUAAAAAAUGCAACUUUCAGGGCCAACCUGUGUAUAUAUUCCAUUCACGUAACAGGUUUGCACAGGUCUAGUUGUCAUCUGCUACCUAAAAUUUGUUAAUACGGGAAGGUGCCUUUGAUUAAAUAGUUUUAGAUAUAACUUCUUUAAUUAACGGUUAGAAGUUUCACAGAAGAGCCUUCAGCUUAUUUGCUUCUAUGAGAUGAGAAAGCCAUAAAGAAACAUGGAAUGUAUUUAGGCUGGUGUAGGUAAGACCCACCCUGCUAGUGCAUAGAAUCUGAAUGUUUCCAAGUGGUCCAAAGUCAAUUUUCACACAGAGGAAGGGGAAUUGUUGGUUUGCUGCUGAAGUUCAGAUAGCUGCAUUUUAAAAAAUGGCACUACUGAAGCGCUAAGUGUUGCCCAUCCCUAUCCAGCAGAAUGAAUUUAAUAUGCGGCCAGAAUUUUUUUUUUUUGUCCUAGUACAAGGAGACUGUACAGUGGUUUCUUCUCCACACCCCAAGGUGGAAUCCGAGAGGAUUACUGUUGAUGUUUCCCUAGAUGUAUUUACAACUAUUCACCCGCAUAGCAUUUGAUAUUUAAAGCGAACUGAAACAAAUUCCAAAAAUGUCUUGUUUGAGCUCCUGGGCCAGGCAAUGUAUUUUUUUGUUUGAUGGGGAAAGAGAUUAAAUCCUGCAGCCAAACGUUUUAUCUGGGUAUCUUUAUCCAAGUGGAGCCCGGACUGGUAGUACCACUGGAAGGGGGGCUAAACAUGAGAAGCUGCGAGUGUAUAGAUCCUCGACAGCAAUUGUGUUAAUAUUCUGAAUGUGGGUAUUGUAUACAAUCUAAAGCUUUCCUGAGCACUAUUUUAACUUUUGUAAUAUCACCACCUCAAUCUUCCAGGCAUUACAUCUUCAGCUAUUUAGAAAUGUUGAGGGUUAUCCCUGCAUCAUUAGGUAGCAGCCAACUGACCAGAGUAAAUAAAUUCAUCAUUGGUAGGCAGGUGUUGCAGGCAUCUAAUUAGACCUAAUGCAUUCUGGGGGAGAGGCAAUGUUUCCACUUGAGAUAAAACAGCAGACCUCAGGGCGACAUCCGAUGUGAUGGGAAAUGUGGAGAACUCAAAACUUUGGACCACUUUUAAUUGCUGCCAUCAAAAUAAAACCUAAGAUUGAUACCGCUACAGCAGGCCACCUUUCAAAAUGAACAAAAAGUAAAGGGAAAUGCUUACAUGAGAAUACAAUGUCACUUCAAGUUGAGAUUGCUUAAAAUUUCUUAAAUAUGCUUUAUUACUAUCCCCAGCUAAAUAAAUUUAGUAGCUUUUCCUUCAGACCAGAUUCCCUAAACACCAAAUUUCUCACAAGCAAGAACAAAUGCUUUUUCUGCUGCUUUCAGAUUCUAGGAUGAAAGGAAACAUUAAUUUCCCCAAAAACUUGAAAAUAAACCUAAUCCUCACCACACACAUGGCUUCAAAAUUUCCAGAAAGGUUUACUUCUUUGGCAAGCUGUUAAUUCAAGAUUUCUUAGGGAAGUAACUUCACUGCUACCUUCCCUCCCUCAUCUUUCCUCUUGGCAUCCGUCAAUACUACUCAUCAGGCAUGCAAUGCAGCCUUUGCUCUCAAAAGCUGCCACUUUUCCUUAUGCAAUAUUGCAGGUGUUUUCUUAUCAUUUCUGCUUUAACUGCUCGGUCAAAGCCUCUGCCACAUAAAUGGGACUUACACACUAAAAGGUGUAGCUAUACUUCAUGUUAUUCAACCACCCAAACAGAUUUUUCAAUAAAUUGGCUGUGACUGGACUGUAAUACUUCAGUCCUUUUUUAAAUUUCACUUUAAAACUGUUAAGUCCCAGCAUACUGUAGGUUAAAGCUUAGUCCCAGCAACUAAGCCUUUGGAGAAGCACUUUGACCUUUUAAAAUGGGAGAGGCCACCGCACAAGAGUCAGAAAACCAUGAAUCUGGUUGGGGGAAAGGGGUCCUGGAUGGUCUGACUGGCCCCCAAGGAGGGACUGGAUUGGGACUCCUGGGGCUGAGGUCCCCCCCUACCCUUGCUUUAUAUUGCAAAGAGAACCAAUAAAGAAAUGGACACAAUUUAAAGAAC